GCUGCUGCCUGACUCCGUCGUGGACAUGGUGCCAGACUCCGCCGUCGAGGAGAUAGUGCCGGACUCCGUCGUGGACAUGGUGCCCGAUUCCGCCGUCGAGGAGAUAGUGCCGGACUCCGUCGUGGACAUGGUGCCCGAUUCCGCCAUCGAGGAGAUAGUGCCCGACUCCGACGUGGACAUGGUGCCCGACUCCGCCGUCGAGGAGAUGGUGUCUGACUCUGUCGUGUCACUGUGUCCUCGCUGCGGCACCUUCCAUGCUGGCGGUGUCUUCAGCGAAGAGUGCUACCAAGCUCUCCGCAACGCUCGCCGUUGUGCCCGCUGCGGACUUCUGCACGAAGACUAUGACCUACCAGCAAAGCUGUUUCAUUGCCAGGAAGGGUUUGAUUGUGAAAUCUACAUCCCUAAUGUGGAUGAACUAGUGUUGAGAGGUAACACAAUCAUUUUACCUGAUCAUGUUACAAAGAGGUUGCAAGAGCACGUUGACAAAAUGCAUGAAGCAAAGACCGCAGCAAGGGAGGCUAGCAAUUGCUUCGGCAAGCAGUGAAGGUUCACAAGAAAUCUGCAGUGGCAGCCGGUCUUCUCUCUCUAGUCUUUCCUUUUGCAAGUGAGGAAUUUUGAUUUUGUUGCAUCCUUUUAUCUUCAUGGCUUCCUUCAAAACAGUUUGGAGAGUGACAAAGAUCCUAUUUGCUUUUAGUGGAGAAUAUUCCAGGAAUGCCUACAAAGCAUGUGUUCAAUGUAACAAUGAGUAAUCCAUUUAGUUGUUGACGAUGAAAUGUAACAAGAGAACAUGUGAUGAAUGUACCUGCUGCACGAUUGGAAUUAAA